UUACAAACAUCGGCUAACAACCUUUUUAGAACCUUUUCGAUUCACUUGGCAAAACUUGGUUUAUCAUUUUUAACUUGACUUUAAAAUGUCCUCUUCCGAAGCGGAUGUAUUUGAGGAGGAGGAGGAACAGUCACAAUCUUCCGCUCCUGCGCCCGUGAGUCCCAAUCCAAAUCUUCAGGCCAGUCAAUCGGAUACGAUGUCGCCUUCGGUGUCGAUUUCCUCGGUGGAAGGCAGCCAGGCUUCAGAAUCCGAAGAUUCCGACUAUCGUGAAGUCCUUGCUGCCGGCUUCCCUAGGUUUACACGUUGGCUUAAUACACUGCGAUCGAUGGAAGCCACUACGAAUUCGAGACCUCGUCGAUCGGCUUCGUCAACACCACCAACACCAUCACCAAGAUUAACCUCAUCAUCAUCCUCGGAUAUGGAGUAUCCUGUCCCGGUCUUCAACGGUACUCGCGCUCCUGUGCGUUUCCGGCGCUCAAACAGGGACCUCCAAACUCGCAGGAUUUCGACAUUUAUGACGGACGAGGGCGAGAAUCCUCCCCGGCCACGUUUUCGUAAUCGUCAUCUUCAGGCUCGAGCUAUGGCUCAAUAUCGGGCUUCUGCCCAGGCUCGCAGGAUGCGAGCUGGUGUUGGAGUCCUUACCGAAGAAGAAUUGAGGUCUAUGGAGCGUUUGCCCGCUGGUGCAUUCGCCCAAAUCCCCCGGCGUGGGAACAGCAUGAGCGAUUGCAGCCAGUGCAGCAGCGAUGAGGAAGGAAACAAAGCCAGGGGCAAGAAAACGAAGUCAAACAUUCAACCGAUUUCCACUCAUCUGGCCGAAUGGUUGUACCCGGUUUGAAAUAUGUGCUAAGACUCUUUUAACGUUGUCGAAUUGGGCCAAAACCCUUGUCCAUUAGACCCCAAAAAAUACAGUUGGCAUCUUUAAGAA